UCCGGACGCUACUCCAUCUACAUCGCCAAUUACGCCUACGGUAAUGUGGGCCCUGACGCCCUCAUUGAAAUGGAUCCGGAGGCCAGUGACCUCUACCGGGGCAUUCUGGCGCUCAGAGAUGUCGCUGCUGAGGCUGGGGUCAGCAAAUACACAGGGGGCCGGGGCGUAAGCGUGGGCCCCAUCCUCAGCAGCAGUGCCUCAGAUAUCUUCUGCGACAACGAGAACGGGCCCAACUUCCUCUUCCACAACCAGGGGGACGGCACUUUCGUGGAUGCUGCGGCCAGUGCUGGUGUGGAUGACCCCCACCAGCACGGGCGAGGUGUCGCCCUGGCCGACUUCAACCGUGAUGGCAAAGUGGACAUCGUCUAUGGCAACUGGAAUGGCCCCCACCGCCUCUAUCUGCAGAUGAGCGCCCACGGGAAGGUGCGCUUUCGGGACAUCGCCUCGCCCAAGUUCUCCAUGCCCUCGCCUGUCCGCACAGUCAUCGCUGCCGACUUUGACAAUGACCAGGAGCUGGAGAUCUUCUUCAACAACUUCGCCCACCGCAGCUCCUCAGCCAACCGCCUCUUCCGCAUCAUCCGCAGGGAACACGGCGACCCCCUCAUCGAGGAGCUCAAUCCUGGCGAUGCCUUGGAGCCUGAGGGCCGGGGCACAGGCGGUGUGGUGACAGACUUCGAUGGAGACGGGAUGCUGGACCUCAUCUUGUCCCACGGAGAGUCCAUGGCUCAGCCGCUGUCCGUCUUCCGGGGGAAUCAGGGCUUCAGCAACAACUGGCUGCGGGUGGUGCCACGAACCCGGUUUGGGGCCUUCGCCAGGGGCGCUAAGGUUGUGCUCUACACCAAGAAGAGUGGGGCCCACCUGAGGAUCAUCGACGGGGGCUCAGGCUACCUGUGCGAGAUGGAGCCCGUGGCACACUUUGGCUUGGGGAAGGAUGAGGCCAGCAGCGUGGAAGUGACAUGGCCCGAUGGCAAGAUGGCCAGCCGGAACGUGGCCAGCACGGAGAUGAACUCGGUGCUGGAGAUUCCCUACCCGCGGGAUGAGGACAGACUUCAGGACCCAGCCCCACUGGAGACACCAACGAAUGCAUCCAGUUCCCAUUCGUGUGCCCUCGAGACAAGCCCGUGUGUGUUAACACAUACGGAAGCUACAGGUGCCGGACCAACAAGAGAUGCAGUCGGGGCUACGAGCCCAACGAGGACGGCACAGCCUGUGUGGCCUCCCUCACUCCUUCAGAAGAAUCAAGAUAGUCCUGUCUUUUCUGUAUUCUCCAGUGUCAUAAGCGGCUUAUUUUGCCCUUAACAAAGAUGGCUCCCAGGCAGUUCCUUGCUCAGUUGAUCAUGUGCCGCAUGUCUGCUGGUUUGGCCUAUGCUGUUUCUGCUCUGCGGGCCCUGGCUGCCCGUGGUAGAGAAAGCCAUAUUGGGGUUGGUGGUCAUGAUGGGAGAGGGAAAGGGUGGCCCUUUGGGACUCUUGAUAAAAAUGUUAACGUUUGAACUUGCGAAGUCUUCCAGCCUCUUUCUGGAGAAAUCAUGCCAAUAAACUCUCUGCUGGGUAUUAGUGUCUAGCUAGUGAAAAAAAAAUGUGUCUGAGGCAAGUAGAGCUGGUUGGAAUGCUGAAUUAGCAGCAGCCCUUCCAUCACAUGGCCCUUGGAAAGCAACUCAUGAGAUAGAGAUAGUGUCUGCCCCAGGCAUAAGCAGUGGUUGGGUUUGUGCAUCAGUGUUCACGUGUCAGGGACUGGGGUUUGGACCAGGUAAGGGAUGUGGGAUGAGCAAGGGACAGACGUGGAGUGCUCUGAGGAAGUCACUUCACUCUGGGCCUCAGUUUGCCUCAUCUAAAUGACAGGAGAGUUGAGCCUAAGGGUCCUUUCCUUUCUAAGACCCCUUAAUAUGUGGCUGGACAUAGGCAUGGCUAGUGUCAGGUUACCCUGAUUUCUAGAAAGAACCUUGCAAUUUGGUCUCCCCUGCAAUAUUCUUGGAAACCUGGAAGCUCCUGGAAGCUUCACCUGUGGGAAUGAUGUAACACCUUAGAAUACUUUCAUGACAAGCUUCAGAAGUGAAGGUGCGUUAUAAAUCACAGAUCUAUUCUUUAUGGGGAGA